UUUUGGAAUAUCUGUGCAGGUCUAAAUGGGCGUAUUCUGGCUGUUUGAAAUAGACUUUAUAUUUAACUGGUUGGAGCUGUGAAUGAAGUACGUUAUAGACGUUGAUAUACUUAAGUGAAUUGUGCAAUUUGGUAGUGCUCACAUUAAGGUGGGUGAAGUUACAGCUAUUAUAGAGGUAUUCUUAAGUAUGUGCGAUAGUCAUGUUCUCAUAGUUAAGGAUUGCUUAAAUCAGGCGUCAAUUGGCACUUUUAUUAAUGGUAUGACGGUGAUAUUUUGCUUAGGGUAUAUUGUGGUUAGAAUACAUGUACUGUUCGAAGAAGAGCUUAUUAGCACAAACUUUCGAGUGUUUGGAUUUUGGCAAUUUUACAUAGUUAAGAGCAUGUUUAAAACAGGCGUCAUUGGGUAUUUUUUGUAAGCGUAUUGAAAAAGUGAAGAGUGCGAUUGAUUUUCAAUUGCAACGUUUACUUAUUGUUGGGAUAUCAGUGAUUGAAGUUUAGUGAUGGUGGAGUUGCUGCUAGCUUAGUCUUAGUAGAAUAUGCUUGUAGCGUCUCAGUUAUGUCGUAAAAAAAUAUGGAGUGUCGCAAAAUUUAGGGAGAGUUUGGCUAGGGAGUAAAAAUAGGGAGGGUUUGGGUAGGUGCGCAUACUCUAAAAAAGCAAGAAAUUAGGGAGAGUCUAGUAUUAUUUGCCGCUUUUGCAGUAAUAUAUUUAGAGGUACUUAAUAAGGUAGUUGCAGAAGUAAAUAAUAAAAUGGUAUAUUUAAGUGUAUAAGAGCUCUGUGGUAUAUAUAAUGAUUGUUUGGAA